AUGAGUUUUUUGCCAAUCAUAAAUUUUGGAAAAGAAGGUUAUUCGGCUCGCAAAAUUUUGUACCGCUACUUAGCAGAAAGACAACAUACACUAUAUGCAGUAGUACCAAUUCAUACCAAAGAAGAAUGCUACUCCAGAAUUUGGUCUGCAUUUGCUGAUGGUAAGGAGAUUUACUAUAAGACGCCAGAGCACAUCAAAAUUUACUUCAACAAACGAACUGAGGCCAGUGUUUUUAAUGACUCAAUUGCGCUCAAUCAAAACAUCUGGCAAAGUAUUAGAAGCGUUUUGGGACGAUUAGAAAGAAUGCCUGAAUCUGUAGCUAUGUUGAGGCAACCCAGGCCAGUUAACCAUUAG